UGAGCAUUGAGCAUCGCCUAGCGAUUCCUUGGAGGAACGAGGCACCGUACCUCCUGGCGGUGGUUUUCGGAGUGGUCCGUGGAUGACGUUGACGACGAUGUAAAAUUCGGGAUGGUAAAUGGACGAAUUGUAUACUGACUACUUGCAGGAGAAAUUAAGAGGAGUAAUUUCUCCUGCAUGUACGGGGCCGUCUCCUAACUGCCCGCGUUGUCCGUGUGAUGGAAUAGCCCUGGCCGAUCUCCCUUGUGGUUAAUGACCAUUAUCCGUGGGCAGAAGACGACGAUCCUCCUGACCAUUGGCAUCUGGCUGUGCGCCACUGCGGAGGAAGACGAAGAAGAAGAAGAAGAAGUGUGCCACACCAAGUCUGAACAGGAGACGACGACGAAGAAGAACUUGCGCAACGAGGCUGCGUUCGUUUCUCUAUUUUGCAUGGAGUCCCUAAGGGAAAGACACCUCUUGCCUUCGCCUAUGGACAGUACUUGGCCAAGAACCACGUUCAGCCGAAUUCUACUUCGAGUGCGUAUUUCUCACCUCGCUUACUUCACCUUAGCCCUGCCACUCUUCGGCCUGGCAUUUUGUUUCUUCACCGCGAUGCUCUUUCACUACACACUAGUGAACACUACUGCAUGUAAGGUGUACAACUUCUGGCCCUCCGUGAGCGCUGUGACGGGAGUAUCUCCCCAGCGCUAUGUGUGGAGGAUUUGCAUCGCGUUACACGUUGGACCGCGCCUCCUGCUAGCGUCGCUGUACCCGGCCUUCUUCGCUCAGCGCCUUCCUCGUGUCUGUCCCGCCAGGCGUCCCUGCUACUUGCGACUGACGCGUGCCUGCUACGCCCUCCACAUCACCGAAGCGCUGGCUCUCGUCGGCGCCACCUACAUUUCUAAUCGGGAAAACUAUCCUGUACACGAGAAGAUAUUCGCCGUUUAUCUCAUGUCCUUUCUUAUCUAUAUGGUGACCACCUGCGCAGCCCUCAACAUGAGUCGGCGCGACGAGACAAUGCUGGAAGAGAAAUCUCGCCGCUGGAAGAUGUCCCUCCUGUUCAUCUCUCUCGUAGCAGUUGGCGACAUGAUGUACUUCUUUUACAAGCACCGGACUCGCUGUGUUGAACUGGCUUUCAGCUGCUUCUCUAUCUGCGAGUACAUAAUCUGUUGCUGCAACAUGGCCUUUCAUUUCACCUUCGUCUUCGACAUCCCGGACGAUCAGCUGCUCAUCGGGCAUCUUGCCACAAAAAUCAUCGACGAUGCUGACAAGACCCUUUGACUCCUCGGCAAUAUUUCCUCGCAUACAUCGAAGUAUAAAUCAAGCUCACGCACAGAAAUGUUCGCAACAGAGGCGGUAAUGCGCCGAAUUAUGUUUAUGCUGAGCACUCUUCGCGCUUACAGAAAUGCUCUGCUGGAUGCGGAAUGUGACUGUAUAUAAACUUGGCAAACUCCGCUACUUGGAUUUCGCGCAGUUUGUGUUCUUGCUAUAAUAGAAUGGUUGUACAGGAAGG